AUGAGCGCCAGAAGGUCCCCGGGGCGCAGGAGGAAGAAAGCGGCGUGUCCCGCGCAGGUAACAACAAGAGAAGACCAUUUUAAUAUAAGGGAUCCAGUGUCUGACAGUGAGAAACCUUUUAAAUUGGAAGGAAAGGCUAAGAACACAGACAAAGUCAUCCAUAAACUGAAUUUAAAGAUUGACGAUCUGAAGAAGAAAAACCAUGAUUUAAAGCAACAUGUUAUGGAACUGCUUGAUAGUAAGCAGGUGGUGGUGAGUCAGGUGGACAGUUUGACCAAUAAGAAUGAGUAUCUGUGUAAAGAACUUGCUGUAAUUGACAAACUAGCUGAACAGCUGGAAAAAGAAAAAGAAUUAGUCUUGGAUACUGCUGACCAGGAGCUUGAGGAAGCAAAGACUCAAAUUAGAUGCCAGCAAAACAAUAUUAGAAAGUUGGAGCACACAAUCAAAAUACUUAGAUCUGUUAUUUUAGAAACAGAAUCUGAAAAAACACUAGGGAAGUCUCCUUCAAGACUUGAUACCUUUAUCAAGACAUUGGAGGAGGACAGAGAUUAUUAUAAAAGUGAAGCUGAGAAUUUGAGGAAGAUGUUUCGAAACACAUCUUCAAGUCCUAAGCACAGCCCCACUCGUAGCAGCAUUUCAAAACAUUCUUCACCUAUCCAGGGAAUGAGUUUAGAUCCAGAAGUUAUGAAAAUAUUCAGAGAACGUGAAGAACUUAAGUCAAUGCUGGAAAAAUAUGAGCGCCACAUGGCAGAAAUUCAGGGUAACAUCAAGGUUCUAACAGCUGAGAGAGACAAAAUCAUCAUUCUUUAUGAUCAGGCACAGGAAGAAAUAUCCCGACUUCGCCGAGAUGUUAUCAAAUCCCCCAAGAUUCCUAAAACGACUGUGACAGCCCAGGCUAUCUUAAGGCGUGUGGAGACAGAAAGGGAUACAGCUCUUUCUGACUUCCGAAGGAUGACCACAGAACGAGAUAGCCUCAGGGAGAGGUUAAAGAUUGCCCAGGAGACUGCAUUUAAUGAGAGGGCUCACCUGGAACAGAGAAUUGAAGAGCUGGAAUCAACAGUUCAAGAUCUUGACAGUGAACGUUUGGAACAAAUAUCAAAGAUAGCACUGAUGAAAGAGACCAUAGAUUCUGUGGAAAUGGAGAUGAAAAUAUUGGCAAGAAGGGCACUGGAUUCAGAAAGUGAGCUCAGCAGACAAAAAGCAGAAUGUGCUUCACUAAGCUUAUUAAAUGAAAAGACAGAACAGAGUCUUUCAGAGACGCAGCGACAUCUUGCUAAAAAAAAAUAUGAAUUACAACUUACCCAGGAGAAAAUUAUGGUUUUGGAUGAAAAAAUUGAUAACUUUUCGAAACAAAAUCUUGCACAACAACAAGAAGUCCAUAUUCUCAAAGAAACUAUUGCUGAACUGGAUACAGAAAAGGACUCUUUACAAGAAUGUGUGGAUGAAAAAAAUGAGAAAAUUUCUUCCUUUCAAGAAACCCUGGCAAUGAAAGACGAGACCAUUUCAGGUUUGAGGGAUCUCAUUUCUGAGAUGGAGCAAUCAUCAAAACAGUCUACUGAAGCUCUAUGCAUCUGUGAGGAGGAUAUCACCAGAUUGCGUCAACAACUGGAUGAAACCAAUGAUGAACUUGCUCAGACUGGCAGGGACAGAGAAUCAUUAGCUCAGGAGAAUGACAGGUUGCAGGAGCAACUUCAUAGAGUUAAGAAGGAAAAUCAGAUUCUACACCAAAAACUUGCAAAGUGUCAUAAUGAGCUUGAUGAUAUGAAGUUGAAAGCGCAGGAUUCAAGCUCAGAUAUUGCCAGACUGAAGAGCACAUUGAAUUCUAUAGAGAGAGAGAACUCUGAACUUUCGGAGAGCUACCACAGAGCCAGUGAACAGGCAGAAAGCUGGGAAACAAAAUUCCACCAAGCAGAGGGAGAUUGCAGCUCUGUCCGAUUGAUGCUCCUCAGUACAGAGUCUGAGAGCCGCAGGCUGAAAGAAAGAAUGGAGUCCCUUGAAAUAGAGAUUGAGCAACACUUAACAACAGAAAAAGCCUACAAGUCACAGAUUUCUACCAUAAACAAGUCUCUUAUGAAAAUGGAAGAGGAGCUUCAGAAUGUGCAGCUGGAGAAAGUCUCCAUACUUGCAGAUCUCACAUCUACACAAGAGCUUUGUAUUAAAUUAGACUCUAGCAAAGAGUUACUAAAUCGGCAACUAAACUCUACAGCACAAGAAGUAGAAAGGCUGCAGAGUGAAUGGGAGUCUUCUCAUUCUGAAGUAGAACUCCUGAGGAAACAACUAGCUAAUGAAAGAAUCUCUAUGAAAAACCUGGAAUCUUUGCUGGUGUCCAACCGAGAGAAAGAAUUUCAGUCUCAGAUAGCCAAACAAGAAAAGGAAUCUGAAAUUCAGCUUCUUAAAGAGCAGCUUUCUCUGGCUGAGAAUAAACUUGCUAUCCAGAGUCGAGAUUUUGCUCAGCUCAGAAAUACAACAACUCAGCUAGAGUCUGAGCUAGAUAUCACCAAAAGGCAGCUGGGGACAGAGCGCUUUGAAAGGGAACGUGCUGUACAAGAGCUUCGUCGCCAGAGUCUUACUACUACAUACCAAUUAAGCUCUACUUUAAGGACAUCAUCACCUGAACGUUCCCUCCGUCGAUCUCCUGAUUGGACUCUGGACAGAUCCUUGGAAGGCGAGCUGAUCAGCACAGGUGACCAUGCAGAGCUCAUCAGCACAGGUGACCAUGGAGUCCCAGAAUCGCAAAAGAGCUCCAGCAUGGACCGAACAGGAGGUACUGGAUCUGAUCGCUGUAUGGGGAGAAGAAUCCGUGCAGGCAGAGACGAAAUGCCAAUAUAUUUGCCAAAAUCUCCAAGGGCAUGA